AGGUGGGCGAGGGGGCGCGCACGUCGGGAAGAUGGCGCUACGUCUGCUGCGGAGGGCGGCGCGCGUGACAGAGGCGGCGACGGCGGCGGCGCUGCCGAGGCUGAAAGCAUCCCUGGCAGCCGAUGUGCCCAGGCUUGGGUACAGUUCCUUGCCCAAUCACAAGUACAUUCCUCGGAGGGCUGUGCUGUAUGUGCCUGGAAAUGAUGAAAAGAAAAUCAAGAAGAUUCCAUCCCUGAACGUGGACUGUGCAGUGCUUGACUGUGAGGAUGGUGUGGCUGCCAACAAAAAGAAUGAAGCUCGACUGAGAAUAGUAGAAACUCUUGAAGGCUUUGAUCUGGGCCCAACAGAAAAGUGCGUGAGAAUCAACUCGGUGUCUAGCGGUCUUGCCGAGGAGGACCUUGAGACCCUUCUGCAAUCCCGGGUCCUUCCUUCCAGCCUGAUGCUACCAAAGGUGGAGAGUCCUGAGGAAAUCCAGUGGUUUUCAGACAAAUUUUCAUUCCACUUAAAAGGCCGAAAACUUGAACAACCAAUGAAUUUAAUCCCCUUUGUGGAAACUGCAAUGGGUUUGCUCAAUUUUAAGGCAGUGUGUGAAGAAACACUCAGGAUCGGACCUCAAGUGGGUCUUUUUCUAGAUGCAGUUGUUUUUGGAGGAGAAGAUUUUCGAGCCAGCAUAGGUGCAACAAGUAGUAAAGAAACCCAGGACAUUCUCUACGCCCGACAAAAGAUUGUCGUCGUAGCCAAGGCCUUUGGCCUACAAGCCAUAGACUUGGUGUACAUUGAUUUUCGGGAUGCAGACGGGCUUCUCAGACAGUCGAGAGAAGCAGCGGCCAUGGGCUUCACUGGUAAGCAGGUGAUCCACCCUAACCAAAUUGCCGUGGUCCAGGAGCAGUUUACCCCUUCCCCAGGAAAAAUCCAGUGGGCUGAAGAACUGAUCGCUGCCUUUAAAGCACAUCAGCAGUUAGGAAAGGGAGCCUUUACUUUCCAAGGGAGUAUGAUCGACAUGCCAUUACUGAAGCAGGCCCAGAACAUUGUCACGCUUGCCACAUCCAUCAAGGAAAAAUGAUCUGUUCAAUGCAGCUCUCAUCAGCACGUACUCUUAUAUUGAAGGCUAAAGGGUAUUGAAGCUGCGGAGGAUCAACGUGUGCGUGCCCAGAGGACGCCAAUGAAGUUUGAAACACCAACAAUCAGAGAUUUUGUUUCUGUUCCUCAUUAAAUCAUGAGCUUUUGUGUCGAGA